GUCUACAAUUAAUUAUUGAUAGACAGUGGUAAAUUUAUCUCUUUCCAAAUUUUUUCUUUAGCUAGAACAGCAUCAUCAGACUUUCCUCUCUCAUGUUUCAUGCCUACUGUGAUGUUUCUGUUUGAUAUGUACCAUAUAUACUUGAGUAUAAGCUGAGACACCUAUUUUUACCACAGUAAACUGCGGGGCUUUUUCAGCAUAUAAAAUGUGCUGAAAAACUCGCCUUAUCCUUGAGUAUAUAUGGUAUCUGCUCAAACUUUAGCAUACUUAAUGCUCUUUGUUAUGUUAGGUUGAAAGAAUUUAUCCUCUUUCUACCUAGGAUUUAUUGUCCAUUGAGCUUCCCAUCUUUUGUUUGGAGCCUUGUUGAUAAGGUGUAUAAAUCUCUACAGCUUAAGAUCAUUAAUUGCUCUCAGGUUGUCUGCUUCACCUUAAAUCAAUUUUGAUAGCAUUUUCUAAGGAAAUAAACCAUUUCAUUUAGUUUUUCACAUUUUUUUUAUCAAAUUGAACAUAAUGUAUCCUCAUAAUUUUAAAUCUCACUGAUGACUAACUAUACUUAUGUUUAAGUUUUCUUGUUCCUAAUGUUUGUCUUUUCUCAUCAAGGGGCUAUCAGCCAUUGUUAAAUCUUGUUUAAGGAGUCGGGGUAGUGUAGUGGUUCAGCUUUCUUCUGUAACAGUCUGUGUAAGUCUGCAGUCUUCUUCCAUAAACAUCUGCAGACUUGCAAAUGCUGUCGGAGGGCAGUUCUGUGCUCUUAAGCAUCUCUGUGCUUUGGAAUCAACUCGACAGCAACAGCAUAUCUUUGUUGAAAUAGCUAUUAAAAUAUUUUGCUCAUUCUUAGGAUUUUCUCAAUGAAUUGUUGGCAUUCUUUAUAUAUUCUAGACACAAAUCUUAUCACAUACCUAAUUUAAAAUAUUUUCUCUGUAGUUUUUUUCUUUUUAAUACUGUAACUUCUGUAUUGCAAAAGUUUUAAAUGUAGAUGAAGUCCAGUACUCAGGCUUUCCAAAGCUUUACAGUUUUACCUUUAACUCUAUGUUUGUUAUGUUGAUGUUUAUCCCAGUACCACAUUAUCUUGACUGUACAUAAUUUUAUAUAGUGAGUUUUGAAAUUGGGAAGAUAUGCUUCUAAAAUCCUAAAAAUUGUUCUGGCUAUUCUGGGUAGUUUAGUACUUAGCUGUGGCUUUCUGGUGGUGACAACCUCCCCAGCGAUCAUGCCUCUCGCAAAGGAUCUCCUUCAUCCUUCUCCCAAAGAGGAGAAGAGAAAACACAAGAAGAAGCACUCUGUGCAGAGCCCCAAUUCCUACUUCAUGGAUAUCAAAUGCCCAGGAGGCUAUGAAAUCACCACGGUCUUUAGCCAUGCACAAACAGUAAUUUUGUGUGUUGGCUGCUCUGCUGUCCUCUGCCAACCGACAGGAGGAAAAGCAAGGCUCACAGAAGGAUGCUCCUUCAGACGGAAGCAGCACUGAAAGACCCUGAAUCGAGAUGAGUGGGAAGCCAUUCUAAUAAACCCAUUU